AGCGUGGUCUGGAGAGACAACCACAGCCAUUACAAACUUUUCCCUUGUAAAUAGUUUAUUCUUAUUUUUGCGAUGAUUAGAAUCGAAGUUAAAAGUAUUUGUAUAUGUGAAACGUUUACGUAGUUAACAUUAGACAAGUUUAUUUUAGGUUUAAACAUGUUUCGUCAGGCUGUUAAGAAACUAGAUUCUUUCAUGCCAGAUGCUGAAAAACAACUUGUGGCAACAGCGAUGUCCACAAUUAAAUGUGUGGUAGUUGGAGAUGAAGCUGUGGGUAAAACCUGCCUUUUGGUGUCAUUUACAAACAAGUUCCCAUCAGAACCAACAGUGUUCGACACCCAAUCUGUGACUGUAAUGAUGGGCGGUGAGCCGUACACCAUUAGAUUAUUUAAUGCUGCAGGUCAAGAUCAAUUACGGCCCCUUAACUAUCCCCAAACAGACGUCUUCUUAGUUUGCUUCUCUGUAGUUUCUCUUUCCUCGUUUGAGAAUGUGAAAGAAAAGUGGGUGCCUGAGAUAACCUUUUACGCACCCAAAACCCCUUUUCUGCUGGUUGGAACUCAGAUCGACCUACGAGAUGAUCCUGUGACCGUUGCGAGGCUUGCAAAAAACAAACAAAAACCAAUCAAACCAGAGGCGGCGGAAAAAUUAGCCAGAGAGUUAAAGGCAGUGAAGUAUGUCGAAUGCUCUGCUUUAACACUGAAAGGACUGAAGAAUGUAUUUGAUGAGGCGAUAUUAGCAGCACUACAGCCUUCAGGGUCCCAGAACACAUGCAAAUGUGUCAUCACAUGAGCUGGACAAAGAUUAAAUUUCAGACAUGAUUCUGAGUGUGAACCAACAGGAUCUUUUUAUUUUUCUACAGGCUUUCAUCUAACAGGUGCUUUGACUUUAUUGUUUAUUCUACCGUUGUUUCCUGGUCAUAUGAUGAUUUGUGUGUAGCUUCUACUCUCUGUUGUGAAACCACAGCCUUCAGGUUUCAGAAGGAUUCAGAUAUUAGAGGGAAUUAGGGGUAAGUUGCACCACUUUUUAUUUAAAUGGAAAGUAAAGAAUUACAAUUAUAUUUGUAAGUGUUUAGUGUCUAUAUUUAUUUACAUUAUUUCUGGUAUUUAUAUUUUGAAGAAAACAAAGCUGUCGAAAUGUUAAUUGGUAUUUUGAUUUGAGUCACUGUCUGGACUUGCAAUAUCUGAAAAAAUAAAUGUAUUUUAAUUAUAAAGGAGAGUUAGAGACUAAUAAUGUGAAACAUUUUUUAAAGAAUGAUUUAUAGAAGGCAUCUACUAAAAUGUAAACACUUUACACGACAGUAACUAUUGUCUGUCAUAUUAAGAACAAGAGUCUUUUGAUGAAAUUUAAGAAUCACAGUGCAGCUUUAUAAUACUCAUUAAGUGUCAUUUAAAUCUUUUUACUUUGUCCUUCAAGCCACUAGCUUUGUUUGCAAGAUUUUAGUAAGCACAAGUCUGACUUUCACAGGUUUCAUUUUGUCAUGAAUAUAUCCGUUCAGCCAACUGACAAUGAACCUUCGAAAUGUUGAUUGAGUUAACUGAAACUUGCAUUUAGUAAGUGUAUAAAACUACUUUGGAAAUAAAACAUUUGAUACAGA